AUGCGCCGUAAAAUGUCUGGCAAGCUGCUUCUCCUACUAGCACUACUAACAACUCCAAGUUGGGCGUGUAGUCGUGGUGGUCGGCGAGCGGUCCCCGCUCCAACCGUCAAGCUGGCAGCGAGCGCGCUAAGCAUGAACCCGCACUACCACGGGUACGCGGAGCUCAGCUCGCCACAUCCGCCCUCGCCGGAGGCGGCCUUCGCCAACGGUCACGACUACCCGCACAAUAACAACAACCCUGCGCUAAAGGAAUGCGCGGGUUGCGGCGGCAAGAUAGUGGAACGGUUCCUGCUACACGCGCUCGACCGGUACUGGCACCACGGCUGCCUCAAGUGCACGUGUUGCGGGCAGGCGCUCGCGGACAUGGGUCGCUCCUUCUACUUCAAAGGGGGCAUGAUCCUUUGCAAAAGCGACUACACGAGGUCUUAUGCUUAUGAAGCGUCCCCGGGCCACAAGCAACGUAGCACGUCCACCUAUCAGUUGAAAGCAGGUUCGUUAGUGCGCGUGCGGGCGCCGUCAAUCAAGGCAAUUGCCGCUCAAUCGGCAAUCAACCUACCCUCCCCUCCCACUCUACGUCCCCUAACCCUACUCGCGCACUCCUCCACUAACGAGACCCUGUAA